GCAAGCGGCUGUCGCGGGCGGCGGGGUCCGCGGGGCCCUGGGUGCCCGGCCGUCCGCUCUACGCGUCUGCGGGCCGGUCAUGGGCGCGGGCGGCGCGAUGAGCGCCCUGGGCAGCCCGGUGCGCGCCUACGACUUCCUGCUCAAGUUCCUGCUGGUGGGCGACAGCGACGUGGGCAAGGGCGAGAUCCUGGCGAGCCUGCAGGACGGCGCGGUCGAGUUCCCUUACGGUCACCCGGCGGGCAUUGACUACAAGACCACCACCAUCCUGCUGGACGGCCGGCGGGUGAAGCUGCAGCUCUGGGACACGUCCGGGCAGGGAAGAUUUUGUACCAUAUUCCGCUCCUACUCGCGGGGUGCACAGGGUGUGAUCCUGGUCUACGACAUCGCAAACCGCUGGUCCUUCGAUGGCAUCGACCGGUGGAUUAAAGAGAUUGAUGAGCACGCCCCUGGUGUCCCUAAAAUCCUGGUGGGAAACCGCCUGCAUCUGGCCUUCAAGCGGCAGGUUCCCACGGAGCAGGCCCAGGCCUAUGCCGAGCGCCUGGGCGUGACCUUCUUUGAGGUCAGCCCUCUGUGCAAUUUCAACAUCACCGAGUCCUUCACAGAGCUGGCCAGGGUCGUGCUGCUGCGGCAUGGGAUGGACCGGCUCUGGAGGCCAAGCAAGGUACUGAGCCUGCAAGACCUGUGCUGCCGAGCGGUGGUGUCCUGCACACCUGUGCACCUGGUGGACAAGCUACCACUCCCCAUGGCCUUAAGAAGCCACCUCAAAUCGUUCUCGAUGGCCAAUGGCCUGAAUGCCAGGAUGAUGCAUGGCCGAUCCUACUCCCUCACCACCAGAUCUACUCACAAAAGGAGCAGCCUCCACAAAGUUAAGGCCUCCCGCCCACCCCAGAGUCCACCCAAACGCUGCAGCAAAAACAGCUGUAAAGUCUCCUAAGAAAGGCACGAGUAAGACACAGGCUGGGAUCUCCAGGAGAGACUCUGAGCAGUCGCA